CAGCGCUCUGCUCCGUCGUUCUCUGUUCGCUUCAGGCUUCAGCUACUCUCGGCUCGCCGGACCCUUCUCCUUAGCCUGCAAGGAAAGCCCUUUGACCGCCGGCGUCUUCCGUUCUUGAUCUCUCCUCCGCGAUCAGGUUCAGGUUCAGGCUGAUCGCGAGCAAUGGGGCGUGGGAGGGUGGAGAUGAAGAAGAUCGAGAACCGGGUGAGCCGGCAGGUGACCUUCUCCAAGCGCCGCAAGGGCCUGAUCAAGAAGGCCCACGAGCUCGCCGUGCUCUGCGACGCGGACGUCGGCGUCGGCGUCUUCUCCGAGCGCGGCAAGCUGUUCGAGUACCCCAACCCGCCGGCCAGCUUGACCGAUCUGAUUCGGCGGUACGAGGCCGUCACCAACACGCAACUCCUUCAGGUCCAGGAGACACACUGCACUGAUCAUCAGCAGCAAAUGAUCGCGGAGAUCGGCAGGCUGCGGCGUGAGUACGAGCAGCUGCAGGCUAGGCUGAUGGCGUACACGGGAGAAGACCUGUCGUCUCUGACCUCAGUGGAUGAACUCGACGAGCUCGAGCAGCAGCUCGAGGCGGCCCUCUGCAAAGUCCGUGCAAGAAAGGAAGAACUGCUAACCAGCCUGAACGACGAACUGCAGCUCAAGGUUACUGUAACUGCUGUGGGCGUGGAGACGGAGGAGAUCGCGGAGCCGCUGCCGCCGCCGUCGCCGCCGUUCGCGUACCUCCUGAACGUGAACGAGAAGUCGGCGGCGAGCACGGUGCUGCAGCUGUGGCCGCAGGCGGACGACGACGACGUUGGCAGCGGCGGCGGGUCCGGUCCACCACGCGGUCUGCAGCUGUGGUAACAAAAAGUCAAAACAAAAAAAGACGCGUACGUCAGAAGUUACCUGAUUUUACUGCUACUACUGUUCGUCUUUCUUUGUUUUUUUUAACCUUUACCCUCUUUGGUUAUUGCGAUGUGCUGAUCAGUUGCAUGGUGAUUUCUUCUUCGCAGAUCGAAGCUAAGGUAGACUGGUAACUGCUGGUUGGCCGGCCGGACGUGUCGAUCAACUGGACUGGACAUAACAGAUUUACUACUAGUAAUUUUAGUGAAGUAGUAGUAGGCCUAAAACGAAGAAAUUAGAGAGUGAAAAGACCUCGUUGAAGUAGUACUAGUGGAUUGUCUAAUGUUCAUGUGACCAUAGUUUUGUGAUGCUUUGGUCACAUCUAAUGGCGGUUGCAUGCCUUCGAGCAGUUCAUGCAACGAAAAUAGCAUAACAUA